AUGAUUAAAGGCUACACUGGAAAGCUCGACCCAGAGCUCCACCUCAGUAAGACGGUGAACUUCUCUUCGGCCACGCUGCCCGGCAUGUUCCAGAGGACGCUCGAGAGCUACAUCGACAAACGCAUGGGCACCACCUACGGGCCGCCGGCCGGACGCAGGAUGACCGUCUUCAUAGAUGACAUCAACAUGCCCGUAAUCAACGAAUGGGGCGACCAGAUAACCAAUGAGAUUGUGCGUCAGCUGAUGGAGCAGGGAGGUUUCUACAGCCUGGAUCGUCCAGGAGAGUUCAUCACUGUGGUGGAUGUUCAGCUGGUGGCAGCCAUGAUUCACCCCGGCGGCGGUCGGAACGACAUCCCUCAGCGUCUGAAGCGUCAGUUCUCCAUCUUUAACUGCACGCUGCCCUCCAACUCCUCCAUCGAUAAGAUCUUUGGCACUGUGGCUCAGGGCUACUUCUGCCCAGACAGAGGCUUCCCCGGCCCGGUGUGCCAGCUCGCCGCCGCCCUCGUCCCCUCCACCAGGCGGGUGUGGCAGGCCGUGAAGGCGAAGAUGUUACCGUCUCCUGCAAAGUUUCACUACAUCUUCAACCUGCGUGACCUCAGCAGAAUCUGGCAGGGGAUCCUCACGGUGAAGUCAGAGGUGUGUCAGAGCUCUGAGCUCCUCUCGGCUCUCUUCCAUCACGAGUGCUGCAGAGCGAUCGCCGAUCGAUUCGUCGACGGCGGCGACAGACGAGCGUUCGGCAGCAUCGUGGAGGCGGUCACAGUGGAGGAUCAUGGGAGAGCUCUGACUGAGCAUGCUCAGUGGAACAGCUGCUUUGUGGACUUCCUGCGUGAAGCCCCGGAGGCGACGGGAGAUGAACCUGAAGACGCUGAGCUGGAGGCUCCGAAGGUGUACGAGCCAAUCCCAUCGCUGGACCUUCUGGCAGAGCGGCUGUCGGUUUUUCAGCAGCAGUACAACGAGGCGGUGAGAGGCGGAGCCAUGGACCUGGUCUUCUUCAAGGACGCGAUGAUCCACCCUAUGAGGAUCUCACGCAUCCUGAGGACGCCACAAGGAAACGCCCUGCUGGUCGGGGUGGGAGGGUCGGGGAAGCAGAGCCUGGCGAGGCUCGCGUCGUUCAUCGCAGGAUACCAAACCUUCCAGAUCACACUGAGCAGGUCGUACAGCAGCAGUAACCUGCUGGAGGAUCUGAAGUCUCUGUAUCGGAUCGCCGGUCAGCGCGGGAAAGGCGUCACCUUCCUGUUCAGCGACAGUGACAUCAAAGAAGAAGCCUUCCUGGAAUACAUGAACAACGUCCUGGCGAGCGCUGAAGUUUCCAACCUGUUUGCUCGAGACGAGCUGGAUGACAUCACUCAGGACCUGAUUCCCGUGAUGAAGCGCCAGCAUCCUCGCCGCCCGCCGACACCCGAGAACCUCUACGACUUUUUCCUGUCCCGCGUGCGGAGCAACCUCCACGUGGUCCUCUGUUUCUCGCCUGUCGGGGAGAAGUUUCGCUCUCGUGCCUUAAAGGUGCGGCGAGGACUCAGGUUCUCAGGUCACAUGACCCUGAUGAUGAUCUGCACAGUGGACUGGUUCCAGCGUUGGCCUCAGGACGCCCUCAUCGCUGUAUCGCAUCACUUCCUGUCUCAGUACCAGGACCUCCGCUGCUCAGAGGACGUCAAGCAAAGCGUUGUGGUUACCAUGGGAACCUUCCAGGACCUGGUGGCAGAGAAGUGUGGCGAGUACUUUGAGCGUUUCCGCCGCCAGACGUUUGUGACGCCAAAGUCCUACCUGUCCUUCAUCGACAGCUACAAGCUGGUCUACACGGAGAAGAUCGCUCACGUCGGCACGCUGGCCGAGCGCAUGCAGACAGGGCUGUGUAAACUGAUGGAGGCGGAGCAGUCGGUGUCUCAGCUCUCUGAGGAGCUGCUGGUGAAGGAGAAGGAGCUCGCCGUCGCCUCCCAGAGGGCAGACCAGGUCCUGCAGGAGGUCACGGCCAAAGCUCAGGCUGCCGAAAAGGUGAAGCAGCAGGUGCAGAAGGUGAAGGAUAAAGCUCAGCUCAUCGUGGACGAGAUCGAAGCCGAUAAAAUGGCAGCAGAGUCCAAACUGGAGGCUGCGAAACCGGCUCUGCAGGCUGCUGAGGCUGCGCUACAGACCAUCAAACCAGCAGACAUCUCCACGGUGAGGAAGCUGCAGAAGCCUCCUCAUCUCAUCAUGAGGAUCAUGGACGCCGUGCUGCUGCUGUUCCAGAGAAAGGUCGACGCCGUGACCUCUGACCCCGAACGACCUUGUCCCAGACCGUCGUGGGCCGAGGCGAUGAAGCUGAUGCAGAACUCGGCCUUCCUCAGCAGCCUGCUCAACUUCAGCAAGGACUCCAUCACAGAGGAGGUGGUGGAGCUGCUCGCUCCUUACCUCCACAUGGACGACUACAACAUGGAGACGGCCAAGAGGAUCUGUGGGAACGUGGCGGGGCUCUGCUCCUGGACUCAGGCCAUGGUCGACUUCUUCAGCAUCAACAAGGAGGUUCUUCCUCUGAAGGCUAACCUGGCCAUGCAGGAGGCCCGUCUGCUGGUGGCUCAGGCUGAACUCACUAAGGCUCAGGAACAGCUGGAUGCUAAACAGCUGGACGCGGUGCAGGAGCUGAACGUGAUUGGUCUGCUGGUGGACAACACCACAGUGAGCGAGUGGAACCUGCAGGGUUUACCCAGCGACGACCUGUCCAUCCAGAACGGCAUCGUGGUGACGAAGGCGUCCCGCUACCCACUGCUGAUAGACCCCCAGGGCCAGGGCAAGACCUGGAUCCAGAACAGAGAGCGAGACCAGCAGCUGCAGGUGACGUCUUUGAACCACAAAUACUUCCGUUCCCACCUGGAGGACAGCCUGUCUCUUGGGCGCCCCCUGCUGCUGGAGGACGUUGGUGAGGAACUGGACCCCGUCCUGGACAACAUACUGGACAAAAACUACAUCAAGUCUGGCUCCACUUACAAGGUGAAGGUUGGAGACAAGGAGGUGGAUGUAAUGAAGGGCUUCAGGCUCUACAUCACCACCAAGAUGGCCAACCCAGCAUACAGCCCUGAGGUCAGCGCCAGGACGGCCGUGGUGGACUUCGCCGUCACUCAGAGAGGCCUGGAGGACCAGCUGCUGGGACGGGUCAUCCUGCUGGAGAAGCAGGAGAUGGAGGCAGAGCGAGUGAAGCUCCUGGAGGAGGUGACGUCCAACAAGAGGAAGAUGCAGGAGCUGGAGGACAGCCUGCUGUUCAGGCUCACCAGCACACAGGGCUCGCUGGUGGAGGACCAGUCUCUGAUCGAGGUGCUGAGCGUCACCAAGAUCACCGCUCAGGAGGUAAGUGAGAAGCUGACGGUUGCCGCGGAGACAGAGGUGAAGAUUAACCAGGCCAGGGAGGAGUACCGACCAGUGGCCACCAGGGGGAGCAUCCUCUACUUGGGGGCGCCGUGCCGUCCCAUCUCCAUGGGUCAGGGCCAAGAGGUUCACGCUCGCAGGCUAUUGGCCAACAGCAUGUUGGAUGGCGGCUGGCUCCUCCUCCAGAACUGCCACCUGGGACUGGACUUCCUGGAUGAGCUGCUGGAGACGGUCUCAACAGCGGUGCCGGAGAGCGUACACAAAGAUUUCCGAGUGUGGCUGACGACCGACGUGCACCCCAGGUUCCCCAUCACCUUCCUUCAGUCCUCCAUCAAGUUCACCAAUGAACCUCCUCUCGGCAUGAAAGCCAGUCUGAAGAGGACUUUUAAUGGUGUCACUCAGGACCAGCUGGAGAUCAGCAACCUGCCUCAGUGGAAGCCUCUGCUGUACGCUGUGGCCUUCCUCCACACCACCGUGCAGGAGCGUCGUAAGUUCGGUCCGCUCGGCUGGAACAUCCCCUACGAGUUCAACCAGGCAGAUUUUACCUCCAGCAUCCAGUUUGUGCAGAACCACCUGGACAACCUGGACGUGAAGCGAGGCGUGAACUGGAGCUGUCUGCGCUACAUGCUCGGUGAAGUCCAGUAUGGCGGUCGGGUGACGGAUGACUUGGACAAACGGCUCCUCAACACGUUCACGAGUGUCUGGUUCAGUGAGAGCACCUUCAGUGAAGCAUUCUGCUUCUUUAAGGGCUACAGCAUCCCUGCCAAGGCCAAGAGCAUCCAGGAGGUCCUGCAGCACAUCGAGGGGCUGCCGCUGGUCGACUCACCGGAGGUGUUUGGACUCCACCCCAACGCUGACAUCACCUACCAGACCAACCUGGCGAAUGACACGCUCAGCACCAUAAUCAACAUCCAACCGAAGGACACCGGAGGCGGGGCCGGGGAGACCAGGGAGGACACUGUGCAGAGACUAGCCAAUGAGAUGCUGGAGAAGCUGCCACCUGACUACAUCCCACAUGAGGUCAAAGGUCAACUCCAGAAGAUGGGUCCUCUUCAGCCAAUGAACAUCUUCCUCCGACAGGAGUUGGACCGAAUGCAGCGUGUCAUCAGCAGCGUACGGAGCAUGCUCACUGACCUCAGACUGGCCAUCGAUGGGACCAUCAUCAUGUCUGAAGACCUGCGCGACGCCCUCGACAGCAUGUUCGAUGCUCGGAUCCCGCGCCUGUGGCUGAGGCUCAGCUGGCCGUCGGCCACGCUCGGCUUCUGGUUCAGCGAGCUGCUGGAGAGGAACCAGCAGCUCAGCGCGUGGAUCAGCGCCGGCCGGCCCAACCAGUUCUGGCUCACCAGCUUCUUCAACCCGCAGGGUUUCCUGACCGCCAUGCGCCAGGAGACGACACGCUCCAACCUGUCCAGGGGCUGGGCCUUGGACACGGUCACCCUUAGCAACGAUGUCACCAAGAUGAUGAGGGAGGAUGUCUCAGCUCCGCCCCCUGAAGAUGUGGGUGGAGUCUAUAUCUAUGGCCUCUUUCUGGGUGGAGCGGGAUGGGACAGACGUGGCGCCAAACUCGCUGAGGCUCCGCCCAAAGUCCUCUUCACCCCCCUCCCUGUGGUCCACGUCUUCGCCGUCAGCUCAGCCAACAUGGCCGACAGUAAGCGUCCCCCUGGCGGCGGGGGGGGGCGGUCAGCCUGUACUCAUGUCCCGUCUACAAGAAGCCUCGACGCACCGACCUGAACUUCAUCUUCUCCCUGCAGCUGAGGAGCGUGCAGCCGCCCGAGCGCUGGACGCUGCGAGGCGCCGCGCUGCGAGGCGCCGCGCUGCUCUGCGACUGCAAGUGAUCCAAACGCUGUUGUUCCACAGACACGGACAGACACUCACCGUGGGGCUCUGCUGUGUCUCACUCAGACCUCCCCACAGGUUUCAGUUUGAGCUUUUUUAUUCUGAUUUUCUGAUAGUUUCCAUUUUUCUUCAGCACCAAACAUGUUUGUAGGUUUUUAGUCUGUUAAAUUUAUGAAAAUCAAAAUGUUUCCACAUCUCUGCAAGUCUCUAAUAAUAAUAAUCAUAAUAAUAAUCAUUAUUAUUCAGUAAUAAUAGUAACAUUAAUGAUUUUGUAUGUGACCUCACACAGUAAAGCUGAUGUGAGGAUCAUCACAGUUUCGGUGCUUGUAUGAACUUAGAAUGCAUAAAAUAAUUUGUUUUAAUUAAAAAACUUUCCCUCUGUCAUUUCCUGAGUGUUUCAAAAUAAAAGUCCCCUGAUUCAUGUUUUGAAUGUGAGGCUGUUCCUGUGAUGCCUUCAAAUCUGUUUCACUCUGCAGUUUUUUACAGUUCAGACCCAAAGUGACUCAAACAUUUACUUAAAAGAGGUUUUUGUUCGUCUGGGUUUUCCUGCUCAGCAGCGCUAAACAGGCAAAACACACAAACAGAAAGAAACAGGAAAAUAUGUGUUUCUGUGAACAAUGCAGCACCAAAAUGAAAGACCAGGAUUUAUUUUUUAAUGAUUGACAAAAACAUUAAAUGAUCAUGUUUAUUUGCACAUAAAUGUUCCAUCGUCCUUCUUUUAGAAGAAGUUUAGAAAUUAAAAAUACUAAUAACACAGCAGGAAAAAGCCGACAGCACGAGUCCUGAAAGGCUUAAAGAGACAAUAAACACACAAAGAAUGAAACAAAAAGGCACAAAACCUCAAAACAAGAGAGAAUUAAAUCUGACCGACACACAAAGAUGCUAAAAACCCCAAACAUGAACCUGUCAGGUCAUUAAUACCUGUGUGUGUGUGUGUGUGUGGUGGGAGGGGGCAAAGUGUUUCUGCGCAGUGUACCAGGGGCAUGUGGAAACG